UCCAUAUCCAUGUUUUUUGACCCUUUCUUUCUUUAAAUAUUAUUCGAAUCCGAUGAAAUCAACUCGCUCAUUUCAACAUUGAGUAACAUACUACUGAUUUCAGUAAAUAGUUGUAUAUAUAUAUACUUACGGAAGCCUAUCUAUAUAUGCCGAUCAUGUCAUUAAGACAUGUAUCUCCAAGAAGUAAAGCACCACCACCACCUCUACAACAAUCAAAUAGUAUCUCAUCUGAAAGAGAUUACAAUUAUCAUACAAAACAUUCAUAUGAUCUAUAUAAUACUACUAGUAAUACUACUAACAAUACUACUCAUUAUUAUCUGAUUGAUAAACCAUAUAAACAUAAUAAAUCUAAAUCUAAUAAUGUUUAUCUAUCUCAUAAUAAAUUAUUCGAUAUAUUAAAUGUUACAAAUGAUAGAAGAAAUCAUCAAUUCUUAAAACAGACUACAUCGAAAUUGGAUACUUCUAUAGAUACCUAUUCAAUUCCAUCCAAAUUGCGUACAAUGCAGAAUUAUGGAGCAAGUGUUUCAUCGGUCAAUAAUUGUACUAUCAAUACUACUACUACUACUGCUACUACUACUACUAUUACCACUACUACUAAUAAUAGUAAUAAUAUGAGUAAGGAAUCGUUUGAGAAUUCAAAUUUAAAAAAUCGAUAUUCUAAAUCAAUUCAUUGCCAAUCACCUAUUAUACAUGUACGAAAUAAUAUACAUAAUAUUAGUAACCAUAGUAACAAUAAUAAUAAUAAUACUAUUAAUCAUAAUCGAUUAAAUGAUGGAUUUAAUUUCCUUAAACAUAUUAAUAAAUCAAAAAAAUAUUUAAAUACACGUCAAUAUUCAAUCAAUAAUUCAUAUGAUGAUGUAAUCAAUUUGAAUAAAUUAACUGAUUCGAAUCAUUAUUUAUUAUCGGUAAGUGAGUUAGUUCGUUACAUGAUAAAAUGGUUAUUAUCAGUAUAG